GCAAAGUGUAUUGAUAAUGAAUCUGUUCGUCUUAGAAAAACAUUACAUCCAAAGACUGUAAUCAGUAAACUAUUCAGUUUAGUUAAAACAACUACUCAUCGACGUACUACUAGUGAUCAAAAUACACUGUCAGAUUUAGACAAUACAACAGAAUAUCCAUUGUCUACAGAUGAUCAUUUGCAAACAGAUUUUUUAUCUGGUGAACAUUUUAAUGAUGUCGAGAAAAAGAAGAAUAAAUAUUUUUUAAAUUCAUCAAAUAAUAAUAAUAAUAAUAAUAAUAAUAAUACAAAUUCACUUUCAAUUAUACAAAAUAAUUUAUCUGUAGAAAAUUCCACAAAAACUUCCCCUAAAUCUCAAUUGAGCAAUCAUCAAUCAAAUGAUUUGCAACUUUGUGUCAUGAAUAAGAAAAUCAUUAAUCCUGUUGAAAAAUCAUCACAGUCAUCUUGUUAUGCAACACUUCAUGAAAG